AUGUCUGGAGUGAUGGAGCAGAGUGCAGAGGAGAAUGAGAGGUUCGUUACCGCUGACUGCAGUGGCCAUUUGUUAUUUGAAGGCCCCUAUCCCUCCCCACCAUGUCGAGGAACUUUUACUGUAUUUGCUCCGACGAAUCGUGCGUUUGAGCAGCUUCCUCCUCUGACGUUAGCAUAUCUUUCCAAUAACACAAAUGCAUUAGCGGAAGUUCUGAAGUACCACGUGGUCCCAGGGUCUGUUGUGAAAUCUGCCGCAUCAAACGAAUUACAAGUCACUAGUCUCGAAGGCUCAAAAAUAAGAUUCAACGUAUACCCUUUCAAUAACUUGACAGUGACUGUAGACGGAGUACGGGUUAAUGCUUUUGAUAUUUUGGCAUCCAAUGGCGUGGUACAUAUCAUCGAUGCUGUAAUGAUUGCUCCAGCAGGCGACAUUGUCACUCAGCUUAACGAUCACUAUGAUUUCACCACCCUCGUUUCUAAAGUCACACAAGCAGGACUCGCUGGUGAUCUAAUGGGUAAUAAUUUGACAGUGUUUGCUCCUAAUAAUGCUGCUUUUGCUAAACUCAGUACAGCGGCUUUACAGCGAUUGGAAAAUGACAAGAAUAUGCUUAGAGAGGUCCUGUUAUACCAUGUAGUUCCACACACAGUAUAUUCUGCAGGAUUAUUCAAUAAAGAGAAAUUAUCAACUUUGGAUACAAACGGAGAUUCAGUUCAAAUUUCUAUGACAAGUCAGAACGUUUAUCUAAAUCUGUAUUCACAAGUGACAGAAGCAGACGUAACGGCAACCAAUGGUGUUAUUCACGUCAUAGAUCACGUGAUGGUACCAGAUCGGUAUUAUAUAAGCCUUGUCGUGGGCUAG